UGCAGGGCCAGCAGCUCUGUGUACUGCUGCACCGCGGGGCCCUGUGCCGCCAUCGCCGGCGGUGGGCGCGGGCCGGGGGCGGUGCUGAGGCGGUGCUGAGGCGUCGCAGCAUGGCGGGCGCGGGCGGGCGGGCGGCCGCCUCCGCCACCUCGGGGUCUUACACGGGCCGCGGCUCUUCCACGCCAGGAGUGGGCGGGCGGGCGGAGCAGACGCCGCACUACACCCUGGGGCUUCUGCAGACGCCGCACGGCUCGGAGAGCACCGGGGGCUCCUCCAGAGGCGGGACACGGCCGGGCGGCUCCAGCGGCGAAGGCCUCGCAGCCGGCCGGGCCGCCAGGAGCAGCGCGGUGAAGCCGGCAGUUUCCGAAAGGGGGGAAUCAUAUUUUGGGGACAAAAGUUCUUGUGUAGAAAAUGCUAAUACUUUGAAUCUCACGAGUUCUUCUUCUGUGCGAGGUCUGAAUAGCACAUGUAUAGGGAAAACACCUCUCUCUUCUGGUAGAUCUGGUUGCAGAAGCCAUACUUCUCUUAUGGGAUAUUCGGUUACAUCCUCAUCUGCAGUUUCUGCUCAUACUGUUGCAUCGGUUAUUGUAGCUGUAGUGGAAGGAAGAGGCCUUGCCAGAGGUGAAGUAGGAAUGGCCAGUAUAGAUUUAAAAAAUCCUGAGUUGAUACUAUCUCAAUUUGCAGACAAUACUACUUAUGCCAAGGUUAUUACUAAACUCAAGAUUUUAACACCACUAGAAAUAAUAAUGUCAAACACUGCUUGUGACGCAGGGAACACAACAAAAUUGUUCAAUCUGAUAACAGAACAUUUCAAGAAUGUGACUUUUUCAACUGUCCAGAGAAAAUACUUCAAUGAAACAAAGGGUUUGGAGUAUAUAGAACAAUUGUGUGCAUCUGAAUUUAGCACCAUUUUCAUGGAAGUCCAAUCGAAGUAUUACAGUCUUGCAGCUGCUGCAGCUUUGCUGAAAUAUGUUGAAUUUAUUCAAAACGCUGUUUAUGCUCCUAAAUCACUAAAGGUGCGUUUCCAGGGGAGUGAGAAAACAGCUAUGAUAGAUUCAUCAUCAGCACAAAAUCUUGAACUAGUGAUCAAUAACAGAGAUUCGCGGAAUGGUCACACACUCCUUGGUGUUCUAAAUUAUACUAAAACUCCUGGUGGAAGUCGAAGACUUAGAUCCAAUAUCCUGGAACCUCUAGUUGAUGCUGAAACAAUUAACACAAGACUGGACUGUGUUCAGGAGUUACUCCAGGAUGAGGAGCUCUUUUUUGGUCUUCAAGCAGCUAUUAUUUCAAAAUUCCUGGAUACAGAACAACUACUUUCAGUUUUGGUACAGAUUCCAAAGCAGGAUACAGUUAAAACUGCUGAAUCAAAAAUAACUAAUUUAAUCUACCUGAAGCAUACCUUAGAACUUGUGGAGCCUCUAAAAGCUGCUUUAAGAAGCUGCAACACACAGCUGCUAAAGGCUUACUACAAUUCUCUUGAAGAUACAAGAUUUGGAAUUAUACUUGAAAAGAUUACAACUGUAAUUAAUGAUGAUACAAGAUACACAAAAGGAUGUCUGAGUAUGAGGACCCAGAAGUGCUACGCUGUUAAGCCUAACAUCAGUGAAUUCCUUGACAUAGCUCGUAGGACAUAUACAGAAAUUGUUGAUGACAUAGCAGGUAUUUCUAAACUAAAAUUUGUAUUCAUUUGGAGUUUAAAGUACAUUGCACUUGACAUAUAGAAGCCAUGUAAUUAUAUGUAUUAUAACCUUCUCAUAUGUAAAAAGUGUUUAAUAGUGGUAUGAAUUGAUUGUCAUUGAUAAGCAACUGAGAGUCUCCGUUUCUGGAUAAAAACUCAGUUUUAUUUUAAUAAAAUUGAAUAAUUGUAUGGUGAUUCCUAUAUUCAAAGCUUUUUUAGUCCUUGUCCUCCUAAAGUGCAAAAAAGUUGAAGUAAUAGAACAGAAUUACUCCACCUAAAACAUUCUGCAUAAAACAUGUAACUCUUUCGUUUAACUUCCUCAUUUAAAAUAUCUGAGUUCUUUGUUCUUUAUAUUCUAAGCAGUCCUUAUCUAUCUGUGGAUGAAGGUAUUAAAAGUCAGAAAAUACGAACAAAAGGAGUUUUGGCAUGAUGUGCAUUAUUUUGUUUUAG